AUGCUAUUAGUCGACGGUGGACCGGAUGAAAAUCCAAGGCAUUUAAAAAACAUAAAAGUUUAUUGUCAGCUCUUUAAAAAAUUUAACCUGGAUUACCUAAGCGUACAAAUACAUGCCUCAGGACAGUUUAAGUACAAUCCUGUAAAGAGGGGAAUGGCAAUGUUAUCUGGCAAGUUAGCAG